AUGGCACCUUCAGCAGGGCACCUGCUGCUUCCUAAAUUUUGGAGGGCAGCACGGUUCGCCUACGAAAAGGCCUCCAAGGCUAUACGUAACAAACUGCCAGAGCCUACACAGUAUUAUCCGGUGCGGUAUCAACCCGCCUAUGCCCGAAUCAACCCUCGUCAGCCAAUCAGCCGUGCCGCUGCCAUUCGUCAAGCCCGUAGUCGCCACUUCUCGACCCGUGCUGGUGCCUUCACCGCUGCGAUUCGAUCCGGACUAGGGGGCAAUAAUGCCGCCCCCCGGAACACCUCUCGCAUUGUGUCUAAUAUCAGCCGACUCAGCAGCCGUGCACCUUUCGCUUCUACCCUUCGUCCCAAUCUGACCGGCGGCACCCUUGGCCGGACUGCAGGAGGAUACGCUGCUGGAGCUGGCCGUUUUGGUGGAGCUAGAUACUUUUCCCAUGGCCCUGCUGCCCCAGCACAAGUUAUUCAGAAUGUGUCUCAGGGCGUCCGUGCUUUCUUUCUUUCUGGGCAGAAAGUUCGCUUCGACGGCAUCGAUCCACGCACCGGAGAGAAGCGGUAUAAGUCAGUCAGCGCGCUACAGGAUCAGGCGGAAAGAAAGAUGAAUGCCAACCUGCACAACGCACCUGGCUCGUACAUUGACUUCCAAGUUUCCCCGACCAUCACUGCACUCAGUGCCGUUGGUGCUCUCGGUAACCAGGAACGCUCCUCGUGCGACUCUCUGAACUCCGAGGGCCUGAUGGAUCUGCUCUCUGCCGAUUUUGCCCGUGCUUUGAAGGAUUUCUCCGCGGUAAUGAACGACCUGAAGCGUCUCUCGUCACUUGGUGAUCUCCCGAUCUCCCUUCACGACCGAUCGACUAUACGGGUGCGCUUCCCAGGCUGUGAUGCAGAAACUGUAGAGCAGCUGUGUUGCGAGGUCGGGAUUCAGCGAGGCCGAGUCGUGCAGGAUGAAGAUUUCGAUAUUCGCACUGGCGCUGAUUUGGCUCUCUUGUUCCCUUUUGCACCGAGCAUUGCCUCUUCGUCCGACACUGACUAUUACUUCGAGAAAGCCCCAAAGUUGCAAUCGCAGUAUCCACCGGACCUUGACUGGCAAGGGAUGAUGACACCAGAAAGCUGCACGCCAUCGUCACCAAGUGGCAGCCGUGAUUCGGGCAAUGCUAUCAGUUUCGAGGACAGUGAGCUAUUUGGUGCUAAUCCAUGGAUAUCUUCGACCAAGAGCUACUCUAGUAUUAACAUCAGUGAGCUUGGAGAUCAGCAUUUCUUCCCGGAAAUCUCCAGCUCUGGUCAACCCGACAGUAACUCUGCAUAUGAAGGUAUUGAGGGAAUUUACACGUUCCUAGCUGAGUGCGAUCAAGCCAAGCGUUGA